AUGACUACUUCUAUCUCGACAUCGAUAAUUGGCUGUCUUAAAUCUUUCAAUACUUUUGUAGACGAAGCAGAGAGCCGGGCUGCCAGCGAGCAAAAGACCAAUGCAGCAGCCUGGAAAGAUGAGCUCGGACGAGUACGAAUGUGGGCAGCCAAUAUUGGAGCCCACAAAACCGGACAAUCGUCCUUGGACUUCCGCCUGAGGGAUGCCUCACACGUUCGAGACCAGAUUCUGAAGCUCCUUACGGACGUCUCGAAAAGACUCCAAGAGGCCCGAGAAAUACUCGCAGAAGACAUAGAAGAGGAUCAAGAGGAAUUAAGUGACGACUCCUCGGAUAGUGAAGAUGCCACCCAAGCCUUAGACGAGCUUCGUCAGAGCACUGCGACAAUCAUCGAUUGCCUAUUCCAAAUGUCCAUGCUGGUCCGCAAGCCUGCGCAGCAUGAUGCGAUUCUGAAAUCGAGACGUGCUGAAGUUGCAGCAUAUGAGCCUUUUGAUUACAAUCAUGUGCGAGAGAAGUACCCAAAGUCAGACGAUCUAAUUGUGCAGCGUCUUGGGCAUGCUCUUACCCGAAGGCGCAAAUAUCUCAAAUACCGCGAAAGACAUGCGAUGAAGUUGAUGCAGGGUAUCGACAAAGUGACUUGGAAUCUAGAAGGUGAAUCAAAUGUGGAGGGGACUGUCAGCUUACUCUCCGAUACUAUCGCUACCAAUUUGGAGGAAAAGAACAUUCACUUUGACGAGGGCGCCUCUGACUCAGGAGUCACCCAGACAUCAUAUGCUCAAACGCUGCAAGGGGGUGGCGACAUCACGAUACCACGACCGCCAAAGGCUUCCAAAGAUAAGAGGCCCUUCGAGUGUCCCUAUUGUCAUAUUGUGAUCACAAUCAGCGGCACUAAAUCAUGGAACAGGCAUGUUUUCCAGGAUUUGCAACCCUAUGUCUGCAUGCUGCCGAACUGUACUACACCUGACAAGCUCUACGCCACUCGACAUGAAUGGCUUCAUCAUUUGAAAAGUGCUCAUGCAGCCGAUAUCGCUGGAGAUACAAUACCAGCGUCAAGUCCUUUACACCGUUUCACUUGUGUCUUGUGUCAGGCAGAUUUUGCCCUAGAAAAGGUCUACGAGCGUCAUGUCGCUCGGCAUCUACAGGAGCUUGCUCUCUUCAUACUCCCACGCAACGACGAUGAUAUUAGUGACGGUGAAACGCAGUCUGGUGGCAGUGAAGCCCACUCUUCUGAUGAAAGUGUAGCUGCUCAUGCUUGGUCCACAUUUAUAGGUUACGAGGGCAUCCUCAUCAAUGUAAAUCCUGAAUACAACAUGAUUGAGCUAUCGCAGGUUAGAUAUUCGGGCACCGAAGCGCGCGGGAGAGAAACUGUUCCAGCCUCGAACAGUCUAUAUAAGCAGAUACUCGUUCAUAUGGAUGAGGUGAACGAUCUCCAGCUUAUGAGGGAGCAGGAGCAGGAGGAGGAGGAGCAGACGCGACCAGUCUUUGACCAAGGCCUGGAAUAUUCCGGAGGACUGGUAGAAGACACCGAGUUUCCACAGUCGUCAAAGUAUAAGAAGGUACCACCCGGGAUGAUACGAUAUUACAUACGGGGCGAUGAUAUCUCGUUCGAGGUAUUAAAACGCCACAUUAAUUCUAUGCUUGGCGCUGGAGCGACCGCAGCUGCUCCAACCGCUCUGGGUGGUCGAACGGCAUACAUGAUUACCGCAUACAGGGAGCUCACCGAGCAUGAAAUUCAAGAGCUUAAGCAGAUGUCGAAGGAAUAUGAGGCUUCGAAGGAUGGAAGAGUCAACGACAUAGUGAAUCAGGACUCCACUCCUGAGUCUUGGUCAGGUGAAGAUGAUCCAAUCCGCUCAAGAGAGGGUAGCAUAGUUCAACGUGAUGUGGACAGGCAAAGUCGAUCCGACAGCCCAGCCUCAGACCCAGUUAGAGAACUUGAAAAACCUCUGUCUAUUAUACCGCCAACACAUGAAGAAUUCGCUGACACACGAGUGGUCCAGAGUCCUCCAUCAUCUGAAUACGAGCGCCAUGCAAGAGGAGGACGUAGGACGCUUGAAGAUGAGGAUAGUCAUGUUUUGCGAAGCGGGUCAAGAGAUCAGAGCAGAGAAUCCUUCAAUGUCGUGACCGAUAGCUUAGCAGGUUCUAGUCCUGAAAGAGCUGGUAGAGAAGUCCAAGCCGAUAUAAAUAGUGCGAUGGACAAAGCCUCUCGAACUACCCUUCUCACACAAUCUCGCCGAACAAUAGCACAAAGUGAAGGAGAGCCUCGGGGCCGCAGCCAACUUGUAUACAGAGAACAGUCUCCAACAAGCGCGGGAGACGAGCUUUACUCCACCAGUAAAAUCACCAGACAGACGACUCGUGAGCCCAGCAGAAAUGAUAGAAUAACAAUUACUAGGAAACGACAACUGUCAGAGAGGGCUGCACUAUCUAGCAAAAAUAUCGUUAGACAUGAGGACGUACUCCGAUAUCUGGGAGCUGAAGGUCGGGAACGAGCUAAUGCGGAAGCAUAUGGGCAAAGUCUAUCUCGAGGGUUUGUUGCAGGAAACAAAGUAGACGAGAGUCAUGCUAGACAAGAUAGUUUUGAAACACCUCCAAGAAGUGCUUUGGUAGAGACGGAGGAGAAUGAAGAACCUCGUACAAGAGCUCAGCGGAUAGCGCUGCAGGAAGAUGACAACGCCGAUGACAGUGUGCAGACCAAAAAGACCGGGCACGAAAUAGUCGAUAGGAUUAGACAGCAACAGGCGCGAUUGGCAAGAAGGCAAAGGGAAAAUAGAAGGAAGCUCGAUUUGGACUCGAGUGAAAGCGAUUCACCAUCUAUGGCUAGACGAGCGGCGUGGCAUGUGUCCUUGGAGUCGAGUGAAAGCGAAUCAGUAGGUCUUAAGCCAAGACCAAGGACGAGUGAGAGAGCCCUACAUCUGCCGGAAGAACCAGCUGUUCAAGCGAUAAUGGAUGUUACGAAGUCAAUGCCAGUGGAGAAGCGAAGCCGAAGAAGAGUGCAAAGAGAAGAUUCGAGCGAUAGUGACAAGAGUGACAUUGAGGACGGCACUAGGCAGCAAGCUCCUCAAGAUGAACAUAAAACACCCAGCCUCACUAGUAAUGAAAGAGCCCAGCAGCAAGAAAGCAACGUGACUUCUUCGAUCGAUCAGACAAGGGCAAGAGGGGAAGAGAGUGACAGUGAGAGCGAUCGUCUCCAAAAGCAACAAAAUAUGAGGAAGAGGCUAGAAUACAGUAAUUUGGAAAGGCAGCGCAGGAAGCGAUCACAACCCGACGGAGAAAAGGGGCCCGAGAGAAGGCCACAGCGACCGGCAAGCAAAGAGCCAGCUUUCAAUCCUCGUCCUGCUGACGAUGAGAUGUCUGACAGCGAGCCUGAACACAGCGCAAUUCAGAUGGCAGGGCGAGCACCAAAGGCUCUUACGAACGUAGAGCGCUUCUUUAGGAGAGGUGGACAGGAGGAGGAUUAUCCCACGGAUUUACCAGCGCCCGACAGACGGGGAGUCGAGAGAGGAAGACCAAGGAAGGGGUCACUUGAUAGUGGGCACAUCAUUGAUGACAACAGCACUAUAAGUAAAGCCCCACCCGUAUCCACGCGCCAAUGGGACCCAUUGCAAUCGCAUGAGGAACAACAAGCGACGUUGAGGUCGCCGAAACUUCGCGACCGAGACUUGAAAGAACUCCUCAAGACCAUCACAUAA